CACAUCCGGUUUGUCUGCUGUCAAGAAACUGUGAACGUGUUUUGUUCACAAAAAUGAUAUAGAUCGUUGUUAAGUAAGACGAAAAUGAGGUUGAAUUGAUGGUAUUAUUACAUUAAUCACCCAAACGGCUGUGUGCGUCUCCAAGAGGUGUUUCUAUAGGCAAUGGAGAAACUGCGAUGGGGUUGAUGGACAGUUUGACAGCCGGACAAAUUGACACACGAGCAAGUGCUUUAAGCAUGUCGCUGACGUCGCUCGAGUCGGACCCGGCAGCUCACAAACAUGUAUAUGAUGUGAACGUAUCAUCUGAUCCAGAGUCUGAACCGAAAUUCCCGAGCCAAAAUAUCCUUCAUUGUUCAUCUGGGGAUUUGCUUGGACCGGUAGGACUCCUUGUUCAGGGGUUGUUGGCCCUCCUGGCGUUCUCGUGUUUGAUUGCCAAGCGUUACUGCGAACCAAAGCAUGCAAGGCGGCCUUGGAGGAUAUGGUUUUAUGACACCUCCAAGCAAGGAUUUGGUGCAGCUGUUCUCCACUUUGCAAACGUCUUCCUAGCAGAUAUGUUCCAGGAUGACCCGUGUACAUGGUAUUUUAUCAGUUUUCUUCUGGAUUCAACAGUUGGGAUCCUCAUCAUCUAUUUAGGCUUGAAACUCACCCAGAUAAUUGUCAGGAGAAACAAGCUGGCCACAUUAUACUUUGGGGAGUAUGGCGAUCCUCCCCAAUGCAAUGCGUGGGUGGGGCAGUGUGGCCUCUACAUCCUGGUGAUGAUUGUGGAGAAGAUCCUCGUCACACUGCUCGUUCUCUUCAAGUUCUGGACACAAGUAAGGGCUUUCAUUAUGUCUCCAAUUAAAAACCCAACACUGGAGCUGGUGCUGGUCAUGUUCUUGGUGCCGCUAGUAGUCAACGCUUUCAUUUUCUGGAUUGUGGACAACUUUCUGAAGCAAAGCAUUCAGAACACCAAGCAUGUGUAUGUGAACAGUGACGAAACAUCUGUGAAAUAUUUCAAAGGAUCAGAGCGAGUACGCUGCUACAACCGCAUAGAAAAAGCUGAAGACUUUGAGUCGGACAUGUUGUUAUCAACAGAUGAGGACGGGGAUACGAGACAGCGAUCUUUGGACAGCUCUAUUAGCCUGCUUCCAACAUGAGUCCGUCGGUGUGUUACGUAAAAUGGAGUUAUUUGUUGGAACUUCGGACAAGAAAUAUAUUUCCCCAGAUUUUCAAAUAACGGCUUGAUAAUUUAUUUUUAAAAGAUCUCAGAUCUAUUACUGUGAAGUCCAGUAUACAGAGAUAUACAGCAAGAUCUUGGUGGUGUAUAAUGGUUCUAAAACUAAGACUGGAAGCGUUUUGGUAGAGAUCACGGGAAAUGCUGAACCACUUUAGUAUAUUUGUUUUGUUUGUAAACUUGAGCCAGAUCGAGUAUCAGUAUGAAUGUUUUCAAAGGUUAGUGUUCCAGUGAGGCAACAGAUAUUAAUUACAAAAUAUGUAUUGAGACCAUCUACCAUUUGUUAAUUAUGAUAACCAUAUUGUAUGAUGUCAGGACAUUCUCUUGUUUAAGAAUGAUAUGGUUAAUUUGAGAAAAAUCAAUAAAUAUAUUCCUGGCUCUUUAAAAACAAGUUCAAAGCAGCCUGAUAAUGAAUUUUUAAUGGCCUUAGCCUUAAUGGCUCCAGCUGAUGGCUCACUGGAUGUAACAUUAUUUGUGAUUGUAAAGUAUAACCACAAAAUGAUUAUGACAUAGCUCCCCAAUGUACUUUCAAUACUGAUGAAGUAUAUAUCAUGUUAUACCAGUUAUAUAUCUACAUUAUAUAUAUGAGAGCAUGCAAACUUGUCACUUACACAUCUUGUUUGAUAUUAGAAAAUAAUUUGUUGGCAAUUGUGUUUGCUUUUUUGCAAAAAUGUGUACUGCACAAACUGCUCUGGCUAGGAAACCAUAUUUUAGUUACAUAUUUAAAGUUGCAAACAUUCACUCUGCAGGCUUGUUUAUGUACUGUAUUUGAUGUAAAGCUGCCCUGUUCCAGUAAGCACUGAAGAAAUAUUUCUAUAAGUAAGCUUUAACAGCACCCUAUCUGAGACCAAAACUUUACAUGUUUGUCCAUAUUUUUUUGUCUUUAUUAUGGAUAUAUAGUACUGAAAGCUGAGAGCACAAGGGUUAUAAUUUGCUAUAUAAGGCCAGACCAAUUUUGUUUCUUGUUUAACAGAUUUUUGUCCUCAGAAAACCUAAAGGCAGGAGGGAUAAAAAUAAAAAUAAAAUCACCAUUCAAAGUAAUAAUCCUUCUAAAUACUCGAAGCAUUGGAGCAAAAAACAAUCUAAAAAAUAUUUCUUGUAAGUUUACAUUUUUGGAGCGUGGAAAAUAGGCAAAAAAAUUUAGCGUGAAAAAUUAAUAUUUUUAUUUUUUAUGUUAUUCUUGAAAAAAUACGACAGGCAUAUCCGUAAAACAAGAAAUAAAAUUGGUCUGCCCUAAUUACUGAAAACAUGUGGACGAGGUUUGUUCACUACGGCGCCGUCUCUAGUAUAACUCAGUAAUGGAUUAAUGACCUUAACCUUUGUCAAUUCUUUUAGUGCCAAUGGUGCUGUUUCCGGCAAAUACUAUAUCUGAUUUUUUUUGUGUGUGGUAUGACCACAUGGCGCAGAGACAUUGUGUGAAAUAUGAAGCCACAUUUAUGUAUAUUUUUAUGAAGUAUAUGAACAUUUCAUUUAAAAUACCAUGAUGAUUGUCUUUUGAAAUUUUUUUUGCAUGAAAGGUGAUAAUGUGUAUUUAAAUCAUUUUUAAUCAAAAUGUGAAUAAUUUUUUUGUCAUUCGUGUUUUAAGUUAAAUUCAACUGCUGUUAACAAGUCAACGAAGCUUUAAUAUCAAAAUUGGAAACUCUAUAACCUUACUUUGGUCAUGCUCAACAUUUAUCCAAUGUAGAAAGCUGUGAAAUCCACAAAUCAGUUUUGUCUUCCGUGUUGAAAGUGCCCUCAGGGAAAACCAUUCAACAGUGAAGGUCUCCACAGAAGGCAGUGACGUAUUGAAACUAUGAUAGCUUGGAGAUGGUAUUGUAUAUUUUAGCUAGGAAUUGUAAUUUGACCACUGAACCAUGUACAGUGAAAGACUGGACUGGGAAGACUUUAUUUUAGGGGUAGUUCACUUGUAAGAUUCAGGCAGUGGGUUUGUGAUGAAAUGACAGUAUUUGUUUUUGAUAUAAUUAUUAAAAUUUUGAACAUUAUUUAGGGACAGGUCAUUUAUUGUAGGGGAUGGGGGGGAGGGGGGAUGUAAUGAAAAAUGGUACAUGUGUUUUGUGAGUGAGUGAGUGGAAAUGAACAUUAUUCAUUAUUUAGGACUGGUCAUUUCUUAUAAUGAUAAAUGGUACAUGUUUUUUGAGUGAGUGAGUGAAAAUGGUUUUACGCCGCUGUUAGCAAUAUUCCUGCAAUACUCCGGCUAGGGACGCUAGAAACAGGAUUCACGUUGUACCAGUGUGGGGAAUUGACAAGCGAAUGCUUUAACCACAAGACUACCCCACCCUAUUUUUUUUGUGUGUGUGUGUGUUCGUAUGAUAGGGAUGGGGACGAAGGGAGGGAAUUUCACCCUCUGCUUACAAUAAAUGACCAGUCACGGAACUUAAAUAUAAUUUCACAAAUCAACACAGGUAAUAGAUUAAACUGAAUAUGUCGAUGUGAUUAUUUCAAAAAGGCCAGACCACUUAUUUUGACUUGUUUAGUAUAUCUAUGGUGUAACUUUAGAUUGGGCGUAAAAAUAUUUUAAUUCUUUUAGCGCAUUUAUAUAAUGCCGAUUUUUUAAACUCUAAAUGAAACUUUCAUAAUCAACUGUCAUUUCUGAAAAAUAGUGACAUUCAAAUUUUAGUUAAAUAAUCACAAAUUAAGUUUUAUUUUUGGAUUGUAAAAAUAAGAAGUGAAUAAAAAAAUAAUUCUUUUUGCAUCCCAUCAUGCAGGCUGAAAGGUACAAAUUGGACUGGUCUUUGGUCUUUAAAACUAAUCAAGUUUUCUGAGUUUGUGUUGGGGGGAGAAGUUAGUUAGCAGAUUGUGUGUUUUGGUUGAGGAGGGCCACAUCUUGUGAUAUAUAUCUUCAUUGAUGGUUGCACGACGUCAUGGUCAUGUACAGUCCUGUUUUCUGUUUGUUUCUUUUUUAACUUCACGGAAGAAUUCCAUAUUCUGAAAACAGUGUACAGUGUUUGGUGAUAUUUAUGAAGAGGUCCAGAGAUGUAAAUAGUACACCAGAUUAUUUUUGAUGAAUAUACAAAAUGUCCCGUAGUCCUGUGUCCAUGUUGAGUCCAGUAUUGUGUUUUGUGCAGAAGUUGUUUUUGCCAGUAUACUUUCUGAGAACCCAAUCCAUUACGAUGGUAAGAGUCGACCAAUGGGAUCGGGUGGUUGGGCUUGGUUGACAUGUCAUCGUAUCCCAAUUGCGGCGGUCGAUGCUCAUGAUGUUGAUCACUGGAUUGUCGGUCUAGACUUGCUUAUUUACAGACCACCGCCAUAUAGCUGGAAUAUUGCUGAGCACGGCGUUAAACAAUAAACCGACCAACCCUUACGAUGCCAUGAAAUGGACAGUGAAAAUAAUUUCCAUCUUAAUUGUAAUCAAAUUUUGUGACAAUUUCAAACUCAUUUAAAUCAGAUAUUUUAUUCUGAUACAGUCUUUGUGUGACAAUCGACACACCUACAGAAAGUCACAUCAGACCAACUCCCUGAUCAACACAAUCAUUGUUGAGGCUUUGAAAUUCUCAACACAAGUGAAAAAAGAAUUCAGAACAGCAUAUCCAAUAUUCAGGUCUCAAAAAUAACCUUCAGUGACCUUUCGCGAAAGAACCGGUACAUAAUGAAUGCCACUUCAUUUAUCAUGGACAUUGUAUACACAUUGUAUCUGAGCUACAUCAUUUGGAUGUUACCAUGGUGAUCCUUUUCGGAAAUGGACCAAGGACGCAUAAAAGGGAGUACUCUUGAAGGAAUGUUUGUGACCUGUGUGAGUCUUGUUUGUUGAAAUUGAAAUAUCAGAAACGAAAAGUGAACCCAGAUAAUUUCAUAAAGCUGAUAUCUGAUUGGCUGAAGAACCCACACCUCUCUUCAACUGCAUUGAGCAGUCAGCAUCUGCUCAUGGUCUACGAUCUGCAGAGGUAUCCCAAGGUUUUCACACUAAGAGGUUUCAAAUUGGAAUAAAUGAUCUGAUUUUAA